GGACCGGCUGCGGUCCGUGCGGAGGCUGAGCCGGCCGCGGGCGCGACCGGAGGCAGUUUCAGUUACUAUGGCAAUGACGGCAGGGACUACAAGCACCUUUCCUAUGAGCAACCAUACCCGGGAGAGGGUGACUGUGGCCAAGCUCACAUUGGAGAAUUUUUACAGCAACCUAAUUCUACAGCAUGAAGAGAGAGAAACCAGGCAGAAGAAAUUAGAAGUGGCCAUGGAAGAGGAAGGAUUAGCAGAUGAAGAGAAAAAAUUACGCCGAUCACAACAUGCCCGAAAGGAAACAGAGUUCUUACGGCUCAAGAGGACCAGACUUGGCCUGGAUGACUUUGAGUCUCUGAAAGUUAUAGGAAGAGGAGCAUUUGGAGAGGUGCGGCUGGUCCAGAAGAAAGAUACAGGCCAUAUCUAUGCAAUGAAGAUACUGAGAAAAGCUGAUAUGCUCGAAAAAGAGCAGGUGGCCCAUAUCCGAGCAGAAAGAGAUAUUUUGGUAGAAGCAGAUGGUGCCUGGGUAGUGAAGAUGUUUUAUAGUUUUCAAGAUAAGAGGAACCUUUAUCUGAUCAUGGAAUUUCUCCCUGGAGGUGACAUGAUGACAUUGCUAAUGAAGAAAGAUACCUUGACAGAAGAGGAGACACAGUUCUACAUUUCAGAGACUGUUCUAGCAAUUGAUGCAAUCCACCAGUUGGGUUUCAUCCAUCGGGAUAUUAAACCAGACAACCUUUUAUUGGACGCCAAGGGUCAUGUAAAAUUAUCUGAUUUUGGUUUAUGCACGGGAUUGAAGAAAGCUCAUAGGACCGAAUUCUAUAGAAACCUUACACACAACCCGCCAAGUGACUUCUCAUUUCAGAACAUGAACUCAAAGAGGAAAGCAGAAACAUGGAAGAAGAACAGGAGACAGCUGGCAUAUUCCACAGUCGGGACACCAGAUUACAUUGCUCCAGAAGUAUUCAUGCAGACUGGUUACAACAAGCUGUGUGACUGGUGGUCUUUGGGAGUGAUUAUGUAUGAAAUGCUAAUAGGAUAUCCACCUUUCUGUUCUGAAACUCCUCAAGAAACAUAUAGAAAAGUGAUGAACUGGAAAGAAACUUUGGUAUUUCCUCCAGAGGUACCUAUAUCUGAGAAAGCCAAGGACUUAAUUCUUAGAUUUUGUAUUGAUUCUGAAAACAGAAUUGGAAAUAGUGGAGUAGAAGAAAUAAAAAGUCAUCCUUUCUUUGAAGGUGUAGACUGGGGGCACAUCAGGGAAAGGCCAGCAGCAAUCCCUAUAGAAAUCAAAAGCAUUGAUGAUACUUCAAAUUUCGAUGACUUUCCUGAAUCUGAUAUUUUACAACCAGUGCCAAACACCACAGAACCGGACUACAAAUCCAAAGACUGGGUUUUUCUCAAUUAUACCUAUAAAAGGUUUGAAGGGUUGACUCAGCGCGGCUCUAUUCCCACCUACAUGAAAGCUGGAAAAUUAUGAAUAAAGAUCACGUUCGCCCACAACCAAGAGAACUCAGGUAGCUGCAUCACCAGGCUUGCUUGGCAUAGAUACCAAUACACUGAAAUACUCCCGAAGACGGUGGUGCUUAUGACUACAAGAGGAAAUUCUACAGGAUUAGGAUUUCUAAGACUACUACAGGAAUUGGUUGGCAGUGCCAGCUGGCUUUUGUUUUUUUUUUUUUUUUAAUAUUUUAUUAUUUGUGUUAACUUUAUUAUACGAAGGUACUGGAAUAAAAGAAAUGUACGUCCCUUUUUAACUGCACUGCCUACACGCAUAUUAAGGUCCAUUCUGCCUGUGUGUGCCGUGGCUUUGUACUGUAACACCUCUGAUCAAUUCAGGAGAAACAUAUCAUUUAAAGCAACAUAGGCUAACCUGUAGGUAACACUGCAGUAUUGCUGUUUUACUGCAAAUCUUAUGGGUCUAGAUAAUCAAAAAAAGCCAUCUUCCAUAGUCGGUGUUAGAAUACUUGCCCUAUUGGUUUGGACGUCUAUAGAAUGAACAGACAUGAAGACAAUUUCUGUAAUGGUUUUAAGAAAUUUUAAAAAGGAAAUACACUGGUUAUUUAAAAAAUAGAAUUUAUCAUCAUGUUAUUUCACAAACUGCACAGUCGGGAGUGACAAGUUUAUACUAAAGAGGAACUUUAACACCUUCACUCAAACACUCCACUAAUAUAUUUACUUUGCAUUCAGAAAUACUGAUGACCUUUAUAUACGUAGUCUGUAUACUCAUAGGGAGAUGUACUGUAUUAUAUAAAAUGUAAAGUUGCUUUUCUUGUGACAAAAGGACUUCUUUUUUAACAAGAGGACAUGGCAUUAUUUUGAUUUGAUUAUGGUGAGUUGAAUUUAAGAAAUGACCAUGAAGGCUGCUUGUAGAACUGGUGUAUUUUUAUUAAACUAUUUUUUUAAAUGUCAAACUUCUGAUCAUGGAAAUGGACUUGUAGAGAACAAAGAGCUAUCUACUUUGGUUUUCUAGAAAGUUGUUACAUAUCAUGGCUGGUUAACUUUUCUUUUGUUUGGUGAAAAUCUUUCCUUUGAUAGUACUUGUAUUAUUGUGCCAUUAUUUUCUUACACUCCAAAUGUACCAAAGAUCCUGAACAGAGUGGAUGUUCACAACUGAGGAGAAAUUUCCUUUCCUGUGGGAAUGCCAUAUUCAGAUAUGACAGAUCUUUGAUAGUGCUCAGCUUAUUCAAGGGCAAUAUUGUUCAUGUUCAGCUACAUCACUAUGGUUAAACUACGUGGAAUUAAGGAAGUAAAUGCAGGCGGCGGUGGGGGGGCAGAUGAGGGGCGCCAGUGAGGUUGUAAGGAUAGGGGAGAUGAUGUCAGCAUCAAAUUCUCUAGCUCUUUCCUGAAGAAUUAAGUCACGCUUUUUAGCUCAACAUUUUAUUCUAAAAUGACUCUCUGAGGUUUUGGCUUUGUAAGUACUAGUUAAGGAACAAUACUUUAUCAAAGAAUGACCUAAUGUUUGUCUUAACUGUUAAUUGAUACAAUUGUAACCAUGAUCUGUGAUCAAAAUCGAAAGUGAUGGUUUAUUUGUAGCUAUGUUCUUCUUAAUGGGGAAGAACUGCACAGGAUCAUUAUGCAAAUCUACAGAAGCUUUUAUAAAUGCUGCUGCUAGGUAGCUCCACAAUAUUUCAACAAGGCCAUGCUGGUUGGUUCGUUGGUUGGUUGGUUGGAUUUUCUACCCCCCCCCCCCCCCCCGUUCUCUCUCUUUCCUUCUUCUUUCCACUCUUUCUUUCUAGUAUUUGUUUGGUACUUAUUAUAUGUUCAUCUAAUAGUUCAUCUCCAUUUUUCUCAUUUGGAUCAUGUGGCUGAGUAUCUAGGAGAGAGAACUAUUAAAAUUCUAGGGUUAUCUCAAUUUGACCAGCUCUGGUUCUUCUAAUUAUAACUCCCUCUAACUUUAAAAAAUGCUGUAACUGCUACUCAGUUUUAUGAGAUUUUUCUCACCCCACCGCAUCCCCCCACCUUUUAAAAAAGACUGACUGUUUUGCUAGUGUAAUAAUGAAUGAGUAAGACAGGAGGAAACUGCAUCAUUUUCUAGUUGUAAUAUGGUAACUAUUCUAGCACAGAAAAAUGUCAUUAAUAAUUCAAGUUGACCAUGGAGGGGGGUUUCCUAGAAUGGAACUGAAUUACCUGUUUGAUUUUUAAUCAAAUAAGAGAAGAGCAUGUUGUUUUCCAUCUCCCUCAUUUUUAUUAGCAGGAAGAACUUGGAAAUAAUUAUGAUUUCUUGGCAGUGGAAGGGCAGUUCUGGAAAGUUGACUUUGUUUAGAGUCUCAUUUUUCUCUGGAGUUAACAGAGUGAUUCACAAUCUUUGGGGUUUCCUCCUCGUCAUAAGCAUUUCUUAAGUGCCUAUCUAAAAGCAAUUAAAGACUGUGUCUGCCCUUUGGAAGCUAAGAAUUUGAGUCAUGAUGCAAAUUAGCUAGGUAAUUUGCAGAGUACCCUCAAGAUCAAAUUUUCUCUAUUAUACACUUACCAUGUUUCAGGUGAACCAUUUAAUUUAAAUGACAAAACCCUAUCUAAUCAACUGGGCAUAAUGACAUUUUCUUUAAAUUAGACUCUAUUUUGAAUUAAAGAGUUUUAUUAUAAACUGUGUGUUUUUGGUUUUUCUAAGUAUAUAGAAAGCUUGUAUAAAUCAGAUUUAUUGAUUUCCUGAUUUAAUGUAGACUUCAACUUUUUUAUUAAAAAAACCUUUGUAUUAAAGCAAGUUAUGUUAUUUUUCUUUUAUGCUUUUCUUACUAACAUACUUUAAAUUUAUUGAAGCAUAGUGCUAUCUAAAAACAAGGAAUUUCUUAUAAAACAACCUUUUCUGAAUGAAAUAUAUAGCUGAUUUUAAUAAGCUAAUAGCUGAAUGAAAAAUAACAUGUGGAAAAUACAAACUUCCUUUGGUUGCUAAGUCUGAAGAUAGGGUUUCAUUUAUUUCUAUAAUAUCAUACUAUUUCUGUUUUUAAAACAUCUAUAGAUCUUUGUGUAAAUCAGUAAAUGUAAAAAUUUUUUAAGUUCAUUAAUUUUUGAGGUUUUUUGGUAGAAAACCUUUAGACAAUCAAAUCAUAUCUACUGGUAGAAGAACCAGCUAUCCAUCUUUUGAUGAUCUAAUGAGUUGAGAUUUUAAUCAGGAGAGAAGUCCCCUAGCAACUAAAUCAUAUUCGCUCUGAGGUGUUAAGUUUCAGAAUAUUCAGAACAACUGUUUUGCUAUAACCAUGACUAUUUCUUCUCGUCUUUAUUUAACAUAUAUUUUCUCUUUAGAAGUGCACUUAUUUCUAAAAAGUUUUAAUGAAACACUUAGAACAAACAUAAAUACGAAACACUUGGGACUACUAGAUAUAUUUUAGAUUUUUAUGAAAAAAUGUGAGGGCACAUUGCCACUUUAAGCAGAAAUGAAGUAAUAAAAAUAGUUCUUAGUUUUUUUUAAAAAAGCAAUAUAAAUUAUUCAGCAGUUGUCUAGAAAAACGAUCAUCAGGCUGUCAAGUGCUGUGUGUAGUUACCGAGUUUCAAAAAAAUGUUUUGGUGACAUGAGGCCUUUUUCAUUGAAGGUAAGAAAAGAAUAAAAACUAUGUUUAUAAUA